CGGAACGAUGUUGCACUAGGCGAAGGAAAUGAGAGUUGAGAGCUGGCACUGCCUGAUACAGCCCGGGAGCUUCAUACAUCAUAAAGCAUAAAAAAAGGACGAUAUUAUGCUUUUCUCGCCUUCUGAUACCAGUUCAAUUCUUCUUCUCAAUCUUAUCCUCCAAAAGCGAACCAUCUUCGCAGUUUAAACCCACACUCAUCAUGCCUUCGGCGAAGAUGCCCUUGCAAUUUCAAACCCUCACCACAGUUCCCUUGUCAGAUAAAGAACGCAUCUCUCAAACGAUCACACCCGAAAACGUUGCAAUUGCUCUCGCUGCCCUACACCGAGAUGGGAUCGUCUGCCUAUCUAAUGCUGUCGAUGUCACACACAUUGAAACGCUCAACACCAUCCUCUCCAACGAAGCUGAAAUCAUGGCCAAACUCUCUACCACCCACUUCAACGAUAACUCCACAGACGGUCGCCCAACCGGUAACAUGUCGCAGGGGCCCCCUCUCAAACCAGAACUCAUGUACCGCGACAUAUGGGCCAACGGUCCCGCCGCCAAAGUGAUCUCGUCAAUCCUCGGCCCCAAUCCGCACGUCAAUUAUGUGAACGGGAACACCGCUCUGGGAGGCUUUAAUGGAGCACGUCAAAACGUUCAUGCAGAUCUGAGCUUCAACCACGGCCUCUUCCCCUUCGCUCUCGUCGCAAACUAUUACCUCGUCGACACCUCCCCCGCGAACGGAAGCACUGAGCUCUGGCUCGGCACACACCGCGACACCUCGUUUGCCGACCACAAGAACUGCCAGACUGACGAGCCCAUAACAGGCGAAGAAGCGAAAUUCGGGAUCCGCAACGAGCUGCUCGAAGCAAGGCGAGAAUACGCGCCGCCGAUCCAAGCCAGUGUGCCGAAGGGGUCGGUUGUGCUUCGCGACCUGCGGCUCUGGCAUGCAGGUCUCUGCAACCCCAGUCCUGAUCCGAGAAUCAUGCUUGCAUUCGUGCAUACACCAUGGUGGUACCAGUGUCCUGCGAAGGUCGUUCUUCCUGAGGCUGCGCGUGAAGUGGUGGAGAGCUGGAGUAAAGGCGAUGCACCCGUCGUGUAUGAUGCACAUUAUGUUCCUGCCGAAUUGGACAAUAAGAAGGUGAAGUUCAACCCGAAUUUCAGUAGUGCGAAUCAGGGGUAUUUGUCUGUGUUGCCUGAUUUGCCAAGGGGGUUUGUGUUUGGAAUGGAUGAUGUGGAUGUUAGUGUAAAUGCUUAAGUUCUUUGGUCAUGGCGUUCAUAUACGCGUUCCGCUCCUGUUUUCUCAUGUUUGUGCUUGUAUUUGAUUUUAAAUCAGCUAAAUCCUAUCACGUAUCAAACAUUCCAGCCGUGUGUCCAUAGGGGCUCCAACCCUCCACCCGACCGUUGGUGUCGAAAGCACCUAAGUGCUUUCCACUAUCUCUACUGUGUU